ACCUGAGGGCCUGAAUCAACACCGCUGCAUCACUUCAGCACCACCACAGCUAUGAUGGAGCGAGGUCCGGGCCACCUGAGGAUCUGCACUCUUUGUUUUUUUCUGCUUUGGGUGCUUGUCACAUAUACCUGUGCAGAUCUGCCUAUGUGCAAAGAGUCAGAUUAUCACUUUGAGUAUACAGAGUGUGAUGUGCUCGGGUCACGAUGGAGGGUAGCGAUUCCCAACAAAGCAGAAACGUGCACAGGCCUCCCAGAUCCAGUCAAAGGGACUUACUGCACUUUUUCUUGCAAUGAAGGAGAGUUCCUUGACAUGCAGUCACAGCAGUGCCAGAAGUGCUCUGCAGGCACCUACUCUUCCGGAACCAGCAUCGCCUUUGAAGACUGGGACAACCUACCAAUGGGUUUUAUCACUCAUGGGAUGAUGAUAAAUGAAGGGAAUGCCAAUAUCAACUGUUCUAACUCCACCUGGACACCAAAGGGUGAAUAUGUGGCCUCCAACACAGAUGAGUGCACUGCAACGCUCUCUUAUGCUGUGAACCUGAAGAAACCAGGAUCUCUCUACUUUGAAUAUUUCUACCCGGACAGCAACAUCUAUUUUGAGUUCUUUGUUCAGAACGACCAGUGUCAGUCCACAGAUUCCGAGAGUCGGUGGAUGAGGAUUUCAGAAAGCAGCUGGAGUAACUACAAGGUAGAGCUGAGCAAAGGAAACAACGUUCUGUAUUGGCGGACUGCAGCAUAUGAUUGGCAGGGCAGUGCUGUCACACCUGUGCUGUUAAGAAAUAUUCAGGUCUCAGGAGUUGCCUACACAUCUGAGUGUUUCCACUGCAAACCCGGCACACACAGCUCAAAAGCAGGAUCUGCUCGCUGCAUCCCCUGCCCCGCUGAUACCUACUCCAACAAGGGCGCCACUGUUUGCCAUGAUUGUGAACCAGACAAAUAUGCUGUACCUGGUUCAGGGAGCUGUAAACCAAGACCUGCAUGUACAAACAGUGACUACUUUUACACCCACACCCCAUGCGACUCUGAGGGAAAGACUCAGCUCAUGUACAAAUGGAUCGAACCAAAGAUCUGCAGCGAGGUUAUUGAAGGAGCGGUGAGGCUUCCAGCAUCAGGCGAGAAACAGACAUGUCCGCCAUGUAACCCAGGCUUCUUUGUGACCAACUCUUCAGGUUGUGAGCCCUGCAGCAACGAUUCCUACUCAGAUGGAAAAGUUUGUAAAAAGUGCCCUGUUGGCACAGAACCACUGCUGGGAUUCGAGUACAAGUGGUGGAACACUUUGCCGAGGAACAUGGAGAGCACUGUCUUUCAUGAGGAGUUCAGCAACUCAGAGCGGAGAAUAGCAUGGGAAGUAGCUGGAGAGUAUAUCUACACCAUCCCAGGGUUUCAGGACACUGACUACCUGACGCUGACCCUCAACGUUCCUGGGUACAGGGCUCAGACCAUGGCAAAAGCCAAUGAACGGAGUGAACUGUCUCGUAUCACCUUUGUGUUUGAGACCAUCUGUACGUCUGUCUGCAGUUUCUACUUCUUAGCGGGUUAUAGUAAGUGGAGUAAUCAUUUGGUGGAGCAGUGGAAGGGCAGAAAUGGCAAGCAGUCAUACACUUACCUGAUCCAGAACAACAACACCGUCAGCUUCACAUGGACCUUUCAACGCACUGAGGACCUCAGCAUGGACAGGAACUAUAGCACUGAUGCAGCAAAGAUCUACUCCAUCCACAUCACCAAUGUGAUUGGAGGAGUGGCCUUUCAGUGUCGCCGCUGUCCUGCCACAUCCAAUAAGGACUCCUCCUGUGUCCCAUGCCCACCUGGACACUAUAUGGCCAAUGGCACAGGAGCAUGUGAGAGAUGUCCACCAAAUACCUUCAUCAAAGCCAGUCAGCCUGUUGGAGAGACAGCAUGCGUCCAGUGUGGACCAAACACAAAGACAAACAGGGUCUACACAGCUUGUCUCAGCGGCUGUACGUUCAGGGUUCAGAAGGAAGGAGAGGCUAUGCAGACCUACGAUUUUUCUCCCCUGUCUAAUGUCACCAGCAUCACCAGCAACCCCCGUUUCACCAGCAGAGGCCUGCGAUAUUUUCAUCUCUUUAAUUUGAAUCUGUGUGGAACAGAGAGUCGAGUACCUGCCUCCUGUGUGGACAACGUAACUGAAAGUGAAAAAGUGCUCAAAGGCUACAUAUGUCAAUCCACCCUGGUUCCUUCUGACAUCCGAAGUCAGAGCCUGGUUUCUUCUCAACCAGUCAUCAUUGGAGACUCGCUCAUUGGGGUGACCACUAAGACAACGCUAGAAGGCAUCUCUUCUCCAGCAUCCUUGUUCCCUUCAGCUUCUUCUCAGCUGCCAGACGUCAUAUUUUAUUAUAAGUCCAGUGAUGCAACCCAAGCUUGCAAGCAGGGGAGGUCCGCCUCUGUCAGACUUCGAUGCAACCCCACAACCAGUGUUAAAGAUGGCAUCAUAUUGCCCAGUGGCUGUUCUGAAGGGACAUGUGAUGGUUGUACGUUUCACUUCCUGUGGGAGACCCAGCAUGCAUGCCCACUUUGCACUACAAGUCACUACAGAGAAAUUAUCAGUAGUUGCGACAAGGGGAUUCAGACAACUACGUAUGUGUGGCAGCAGCCCCUGCACUGUUAUGGAGGGAAAUCUCUGCCACCACCAAAAGUCAGUGCUUGUGUGACUAUGGAUUUCUGGCUCAAGUUUGGUGUUUCCAUUGGACUCAUCACUGCUGUGCUUCUCAUCAGUCUCAGUUGUUAUUUCUGGAAGAAGACCCGCAAGCUGCAGUAUAGGUAUUCCAGGCUGAUGAUGGGCUCUGGAGGUAAAGAGUGUGAGCUACCGACUGCUGACAGCUGUGCAAUAAUGGAGGGAGAGGAUGCAGAGGAUGACCUCAUGGAUCUCACCCAUAAAUCCUUCUUCACCAGAAUAAAGUCUUUCUCCAGAGAGAGAACAUCAGAUGGAUUCGACUCUGUUCCACUUAAGUCUUCUUCACAGCACCAGCAAGAGGAAGAUGAGGAGGAAGACUGAUGAAGCUGUCAUCAGAGGACAAGCAGUUCUUAAAGCACUGAAGAAGCCUUCAGUUUUAGAGAUUUAGCGUCAGUGAAUUUUUGAUCUUAGACAUUUUGUAAAGCAAAAUAUAAUAUGCUGUGAUUUUCUUUGUAUCAAAAUAUUUGUCUUUAAGAUAUUUCAUUUGUUAACUUCAAAUAAGCGAUGGGAAUUUUAUUUUGUGUUUGAUGUUACGGGCUAUAAUACUAAGCCUGAAGUAAAAAUACUAACUUUUUAUACAGAAAUUUGCCGUGGUUCUUACCCCCUGGAGGGUUUUAAACAUGAUCAAAACCUGAAUAAAGUUCAACUUUACGUUGAUGUGUAAAAGUGAUCAAUUUAAGGUCUUUGUAAAUUAGGAUGGAGUUGAUUUUUUUUCCCAUUCCUAACUAUUUUUUUCUUCUUAAAUCUGGUUUAGCUAUUUGUUAAGUUGAAUAAUGCUGUGGUGACAGUAUGUGAAUUUGACCUAAUUGUAGUGUUCCUGAUGAACCUUAUAUUAAAACAUGCUUUAUGAAUAUACUUUA